AUGGAGACCCCAGACGCAGCUGAACUCUGCUUUCCACAACUCCUUAACAAUUCCUGCAGGAAACCCAUGCUGUCUCAGUCUGAUGCCUUGCUUGCUUAUAUCCUGCUGUCAUCCAUCUCUCUGAUCACUGUGACUCUCAACCUGCUGGUCAUCAUCUCCAUCUCCCACUUCAGGCAGCUACACAACCCUACCAACUUCCUCAUCCUCUCUCUGGCUGUCUCAGACUUUCUUGUUGGCCUACUGCUGAUGCCGGUUGAAAUCCUUCUUACAGAGACCUGCUGGUUCCUGGGUGACCACAUGUGUGCUCUGUAUUAUAUCGUAGAGUUUAUCAUUACGUCCUCAUCAGUUGGAAAUAUGGUUCUCAUAUCGAUUGAUCGUUAUUUGGCUAUCUGUGACCCUCUACAGUACACCACCAAAGUUACUCUGGAUAGAACAAAAAUAUGUGUUUGUCUGUGUUGGAUCUGCUCUGUUCUCUAUAACAGUCUGAUUUUAAAUAACUUUCUGACACAACCUGAUGGACAGAACUCUUGCUAUGGAGAGUGUGUAGUUAUCCUCAACUAUAUCACAGGAACUGUUGACUUUGUCUUCACCUUUAUAAGUCCAAUUAGUGUCAUUGUAAUUCUCUAUAUGAGGGUAUUUGUGGUUGCUGUGUCUCAGGCUCGUACUAUGAGGUCUCAUAUUGCAACUGUCACAGUGCAGCGUUCAGUGAAAGUAACUCCUAAAAAAUCUGAGAUGAAAGCAGCCAGGACUCUUGGUAUUGUAGUUGUUGUAUUUGUAAUAUGUAUCUGUCCAUAUUACUCUCCAAUCCUUAUAGGAGAGGAUAUUGAAGACAGUAGCUCAUCCUCACCUAUUGCACUCUGGUUGUUUUAUUUUAACUCCUGUCUGAACCCUAUGAUCUAUGCCUUUUUCUAUCCAUGGUUCAGAAAAUCUAUUAAACUCAUUGUAACACUUCAGAUACUGAAGCCUGGCUCCCGUGACGCUAAAAUAUUGUAA